UGGACCAGGAGAGCUGAGAGAUUUGGGCGUCGCUCUUGAUUUCGCCGCCAUGUCGUUCAAAAAGAGCGCCGACGAGCGCUUCCUGCGGGUGCAGAAGGACCCUCGCUUCUGGGAAAUGCCCGAGAGAGAGCGAAAGGUGAAGAUCGACAAGCGCUUCCAGUCGAUGUUUCACGACAAACGCUUCAAAGUGAAAUACACGGUGGACAAACGAGGAAAACCCAUCAACCACACGACCACCGAGGACCUGAAACGCUUCUACAAGCUGUCCGACUCGGAGGAGGAGGAGGAGUAUGAGGAUGAGGAGGAGAGGAAGAAGAAGAAGGUGGAGGGCAAGAAGAAGAAGAAGAAGAAGGAGAAGGAGGAAGUGAAGGAGAGUGUGAUGAAGGUUGAUGAAGAGGAGGAGGAAGGAGAAACGUUGCAGAGCAGAGACGUUAAAGUUAAAACAGAGAAGCCUGAACGAGGAGUCCGAGUCUAUGAAGAAGGUGAGGAUGAUGAUGAUGAUGAUGAGCAGUCUGUAGAUGAAGAUGAGCUGGGAGACAUCGUGUCAGAGGAAGGGGAGGAGGAGGAGGAUGAUGAUGAUGAAGAGGAGGAGAGCGGAUCAGACGAUGAAGACGAGUCUGGUUUGGAUUCAGACAGCGACAGCGGACCGGAUCUGGCCCGAGGAAAAGGAAACAUCGAGACCAGCUCUGAUGAAGAUGAUGAUGAUGACGAUGUGGAGGCCUUCCUGCAGAGAGAGGAAGAGGAGAUCGAACACGACUGGGGCGAGCUGUGCAAAGACGCUCCACGCAGCGACGAGGUGUCGACCCGUCUGGCCGUGUGUAACAUGGACUGGGACAGAAUGAAAGCCAAAGAUCUUCUGGCUCUGCUCAACUCCUUCACUCCUAAAGGAGGAGCGGUGCUGUCCGUCAAGAUCUACCCGUCAGACUUUGGGAAGGAGCGUUUAACGGUGGAGGAGACUCAGGGGCCGAUGGAGCUGAAGGCUCUGCCUGAAGACUCAGAGGACGACAACGAAGAAGAGAAGGUCUACAGGGAGAAGAUGCGCGACCAUCAGUUCAAACGUCUGAAGUAUUUUUACGCCGUAGUCGAGUGCGACUCCACCGACACGGCCGCUAAGAUCUACGAGGAAUGUGACGGCUACGAGUACGAGAGCAGCUGCUCCAUGCUGGACCUCCGGUUUGUUCCCAACGACGUGACGUUUGACGAGGAGCCCAAAGACGAAGCGACAGACGUGAACUUGACGGUUUACACUCCUAAACUGUUCACCUCCACUUCUUCCUCCACCUCAAAGGUUCAGCUAACGUGGGACGAGACCGACCAUGAUCGCGUCACCGCCCUCAACAGGAAUUUCAACAAGAACGAGCUGCUGGACAUGGACUUCAACGCCUACCUGGCUUCCUCCAGCGAAGACGAAGGAGAGGAGGAAGAGGAGGGUGAAGAAGGAGGUGACGCUGAACGGACAGAAGAGCCGGCCGCCGUCGUCGUGGAGGAAGAGGAAGAGGAGGAAGAGGAGAAACAGACAAAGAAGAAGAAGACGAAGAAGAUGAAGAGUGAGGAGCAGAUCUCAAAGUACAGAGAGCUGCUGAAAGGAAUCCAGGACAAAGAGAAGAAGAUCCAGGAAGAUAAAAACAUGGAGAUGGAAAUCACCUGGGUUCCAGGCCUGAAGGAGACGACGGAGCAGCUGGUGAAGAAGAAGAUUGAGGGAAAAGACAAGCUGACUCCGUGGGAAGAAUUCCUGGAGAAGAAGAAAGACAAGAAAAAGAAGAAGAAAGCUCACAAGAAACAGGGAGACGAUGAAGACGAGCUCAGUGAUGAUGAUCUUCCUCCAGACGUCGACCUCAGUGACCCGUUCUUUGCUGAGGAGCUCGCUGCUGCAGACGUGAAGAAGAAACCAAAGAAGAAGAAGCAGGAUGAGGAAGAGGAGGAGCAGACGGCUGAGGAUGAAGAGGAGCUGGAGAGACAAAAGGCUGAGAUGGCGCUGCUGAUGGAGGACGACGCCACUGACGUCAAACACAAACACUUUAACUACGAUAAGAUCGUAGAGCAGCAGAAUCUGAGCAAGAAGAAGAAGAAAAAGCUGCAGAAGAAAGGAGAGCAGACGCAGGAGGACGACUUCCAGGUCGACGUUAAAGAUCCUCGUUUCCAGUCCAUGUUCACGUCUCACCUCUUCAACCUGGAUCCGUCUGAUCCAAACUACAAGAAGACCCGAGCCACGCAGAGCAUCGAGGCGGAGAAGCAGCGCCGCCGCCGGGACGAGGAAGACGAGCAGCAGCAGCAUCAUCACCGCCGCCUCCUCGCUACGCAGGUCGCCGUCGGCAACGCUCCAGAAAAACCCGGCGAGAGCAAACGGGAAAGAGACUCUGACGCCUCGGAGAAGAAGGCGAUGGACCCGAGUCUGUCUCUGCUCGUUAAAUCAAUUAAGAGCAAAACGGAGCAGUUCCAGGCCCGCAAGAAACAGAAGCUCAACUAA